AUGCCUUUUAUCACAAAGCAGCUCUCCCAUUUGAUCUGCUGCGUCAGUUCCCAGCAGCCCGAUGAAAGUGACCUCAACGCGAAUCUGAACACCAUGCAAGGGCAUUCAGCCAUAUCUGUGCAUCUCCCUCCAGACACUGUGCCUCAUGCGUCUGGCAAGCGCAAGCAAUCCACCACAGACAAUGAUAUGUUAGAAGAGCUCUUUAGGUCGAGCUCCUCGGUACGCGGCUAUCAAACAGCUUCCGAGUCAAUGCAUUUGCCGGUACCAAAACGAUCCUCGUUCGACAUAGAUUUUAAGUUCUGUUCAAAGGAUUCGGAGCCCAAGCCACCAAGUCGAUUGGAGCAACUUGGAAGCCAUAUCAAACAGAGGAUAUCUGAGGGGAGACUGGGCAUAACCAGUCCAAGGGGACCACCGGGUCUGAAAGAAGCCUCUCAAAAUCCUUCCGAUAUCCAUCCUUCUUCACUUGGUGUGGACAUUGCGGAGGCCUCUAUGAGUCAACACUCCAAUGGCUUACUUGAGUUGCUCAUGUCCCGUACAGGAACUGAGGGAGGAUAUGACAGUGACGCGAAGAGCAUUCGAACCACAAUGCUGAAAGGUGGCGACGCUACAUUAAGAUUGAGCCCUUUGCUAGCAAAAGAGCUUCCGAAUUCUCUCGACAUCCCAGUGACAGCUCGCCUCUCCCCCAGCCGUUCACUAGGAGGUGAUAUGCAAACUAAAGAUGAUGUUGAAAAGGCAUCGAUCGAUCUUGAUUUCCUUACUAUUCCUGGACAGAAAAUCUUCACAGAAGCCCUUUUGGCUGAGAAGGAUUCUGCACCGAUGAUUGCACUACAGAGACUAAGCACAGGGAUAUCAAACGGCACAAUCAAGCUACCAAGCUCAUUCAACUCCAAUAGCACGCUCAACCAUAUUGCGAUGAGAGAAAAGGAUCCAGCCAGCGUCGCAAGCCUGGCCUCUCCAGAGCUAAGUUACAGCACCGAUGAACAAGUUGAAAUCCUUUCAACCCUCAAGAGACUUAGCACUACUGUUACUGCAACACAAAUGGACGGUGUGAAUUCCAACCCUGACGAUGGUGUUCGUGCCAGUAUUGUAUCAAAUCUCGACCCAACCUUCAUUGAGUUCAUUGCAAAAUUUGCAGAACUAGAUCCCAAAAGCAAUGAUCUUGGCUCAUCAGAUCCGCACUGUGACCCUGGAACAAUUUUCCUGCGUGAGAAAUCCUCCGGCGACCUCCCUAGUCUUACCGACUCUGAACCCCAGAAAAAGGAUGUCUCUUCUUCAAGAAAUCUAACAUCAGGACACGAUUCAGAUCAACUAUCUGUGCACCUAUUCAAUAUGCGCAUUUCCCAAAAUCUCGCCAGCCCUUCACUUAUCGCUGUCUCUAGACCUACGACUAGUCAUACCACGAUAUCACACCUCCAGCGACCCUCUAUGGAUGUGGCGAUCCCAGCAAAGCGUCAGUCCGCUUCAGGUCACCUGUCAUCUCGAGUCACUGCGGAACACAAUAGACGCCCUUCCGAUCCUCAAACUAGACGACUGUUCGAACUAGGGCACCAGGCCGAGAAUAUGCGAUCUCAAUGGAAGACAGUGACCUCAUUUGGCAGUGGAGCUAGUGGACUGAGCUUCAAACCUAAUCGUGUAGGAGAUGAUGGAUCGUCAUUCUACUGGAGCGAUGGUGAAGUAGGUCCUGCCAAUAAUUCUCUCCGAAACUGUCCAGGGAGGAAUAUCAACAGCCUUGCGAUUGGUGGAAGAUCAGAGUCGGUCAGCCUCCCGGUAAGUUCCUCACUGAACAAUAUUGGCAACCCAUCGGGAACAGAGGAGGCUACUUGGUUUGGCAGGAGAUAUUCGAAUAAAGCCUCUGAUUGUGGCCACGCUGGACUUGGAGUUUCCCCAAGAAGCAGAAGCACUAGUAUGCCAGAGAGGGCAAAAUUACAACCUCACGAAUCAUCGACCAGACACCGAGGUCGUAGGUCCACCAACGACGAUGAAGACUUGAGCGAAAUCAGCACGGGAGCUCUCGAAGACGCAAGAAUAGAAAGAUUGACAGAAAUCAGCGCCCAUGCAAUAUUGGAUUCUCACAGUGAACCGAUGAGCGAGCUCAAUCACUCUCCGACCUUUGAAACAAGAAAUUGGGAUUUCUCCUUGGGAGACGCAGUCUCGUCGAAUCGACGGCGUUCAAGCAAUAUCUUAGCACACUCGCUCAAUGCUCGGACGCACUGGCAAAGAAAGGGAUCAGGCAGUGGGGCGACUCACGACCCAAGUUCACCAGACUUUCUCUUUCUCGACAGCGCAAGUGACAUGUGGCAACGGAGUUUCAGGCAAGCUGUAGCUAAACCACUGUAUGAGAAUGUGGGAGGGUUUCUGACCGCCCCUAAAUAUGACCGUGAUGGGAGGCGACGAAGCUCUAAGACAAGCAGUUUGUCGAACGUUGACCGAGAUGAAGUUCUUCCAGAAGAAAGCCAUUCAGAAGCGAAUUCGAAGAAUGCAAAACCCACUUCCAGGCCAAAUGGAGACGUGGAAGCUCAACAAACACUUCUGCAACCCUCACCGGUACAGACGGAGAACAACAAGAGAAAGAAAAGUUUCCUAGAUAUAGGUCGACGUUUCACAAGUACUAUCCCUAACAAUGAUUUGGAGAUUCGUCCUGGAACUACCACUCCCUUGAAGGACAUCUUUGGGCUUUAGGGGCGUUUCCCGAGUCACGAGAGGGAAGUGCGGUGUGGCUCGGCCAGUGGGAAGGACGGGGUAGCAGUGCGAGAUUUCAUUGAUAUGCUGCGUGAUGGCGAAAACCAUCUCUCACCCUCGGUGGAGUUUUCAACAUUGAACGCGUCAGGUGCAAACAUCAAUACUCCCACUCCAGGCUCAUGGAGAACGUUGCCAUUCGGGAGAAAGAGGCAUGUUGAGAAAAUGAAAAGCAAGAGCAUGACUUUACCGCGCAUCGCGAACCUGACUCCCACCAAGAAUUCAAGCAGCAACAGGGGCGGGAAUAGCCUUGCGGGCCGCUGGAAAAAACUCUACAGGAGCAGUAGCUGGGAAUUACGAGCAUAUACUCACAACCAUGGACAUCGGAGCAGUAUAGGUGCUGGUGCUAUUGCCGAAUACCCCGAACUUGAAUGCAUUCCUGGUAUUGGUGAUGGCGAAGAGUUCAAGCGUCCUGGACCUGGUAAGAUCGAUGGUACUGAGGAUGGGAAGCAGUAUACUUCUCAGCGGACCACAGAACGGGUGGAGUAAGUCUCCUGAGUGCUCCAACAUUCGACAGCCAGGCUUGGACAUGGACCCACCGUGAUUGUGUGGGAAGUUUUGCUGCAUUGAAGACUGAUGUGGACCUACGGAAUAUG